GAAGUAAACAACACGAGGCACUAGCAGCGUUAGCUUGUUAGCAGGCCAUCAGCGUUAGCUUGUGUUGACAGGUGGCGGUGUUUUGUUGUGACGUUUGUGAGGAUUUUGGACAGAAAGGACGAUACGUGGUUCGUGUGGGAACUCUCAGCAUUUUCCAAAGUGUCGUAAAUGAGUGAAGAAGUGUUGAACGGAAAGACAACGUGGAUUGCUGUGAUUGUGAGACUAGCAGAUGAUCGAUCGGAGCUGCAGUGAAGAGGACGGCGGUGUUUGUGGGAGUUGGAGCUGAAGAUCGGAGCAGGAACCAUGUCUUCAGAACCUCAGGAAAGUUCUGUCAGAAACAAACUUUCUGCUGCUGAAGGAACCAUCGUCCAGAACGAGGAGGAGCUCUGUCGUCAGCGCAGACUGUUGGAUAGCAGCUGGAACCCGCAGCUUCAGCUACACAUUGCAGUUCUCCCCCAGCAUUAUGUGACUGAAGAGGAUUUCUACAAGCAGAGGAACUUUAGAGUGAAACAGGAGGAACCAGAACCUCCACAGAUCAAAGAGGAACAGGAGGAACCACAACCUCCACAGAUCAAAGAGGAACAGGAGGAACCACAACCUCCACAGAUCAAAGAGGAACAGGAGGAACCACAACCUCCACAGAUCAAAGAAGAACAAGAGGAACCACAACCACUACAAAAUGAAGAGAAAUGGGAGGAACCAGAACCCUCACAGAUUAAAGAGACCAAAGAGGAGCUCUACAUCAGUCAGGAUGAAGAGCAGCUUGAUCUGAAGCAGGAGACUGAUACCUUGAUGGAGAUUCCUACUUAUGAGGAAGAUGAGAACAGAGAAGCAGAUCAAAAUAAUCAGCAGAGCUUUAAUUUAACUGAUAGUCAGGAUGAAGAAGGAAACCAACAUAAAGAAUCAACAUCAACUACAGAUGAAGAGACAGAAUCAACAUCAACUACAGAUGAAGAGACAGACCCAGAGAACAGAGAUCAGAGGAUCCCAAGUUUUGGUUACUUGUCUCGAUUUAGACUUCAUAAGAGAAUCCAUAAAAAAGGAAAGCCUUUUGCUUGUAAAGAAUGCACUAAAAGUUUUAGUAAAAUAACUUAUAUCAAAUCACAUAUGCGAACCCAUACAGGAGAAAAGCCUUUUUCUUGUAAAGAAUGUGAUCAAAGUUUUAGACAAAUAGCCCAUCUCAAUUCACACAUGAGAACUCACACAGGAGAUAAGCCUUUUUCUUGUAAAGAAUGUGAUCAAAGUUUUACUCGAAUGUAUAGUCUCAAAAGACAUAUGAGAACUCAUACAGAAGAGAAGCCUUUUUCUUGUCAAGGAUGUGACAAAAGCUUUAGUCAGAAUAAUAGUCUUAAAGCACACAUGAGAACUCAUACUGGAGAAAAGCCUUUUUCUUGUAAUGCAUGUGAUAGAAGUUUUACCAAUGUAUCUAAUCUCAAAAGUCACAUGAGAACUCAUACAGGAGAAAAGCCUUUUUCUUGUAAAGAAUGUGAUAAAAGUUUUAGUCAUAUAUGUGCUUUAAAAACACACAUGAGAACUCACACAGGUGAGAAGCCUUUUUCUUGUAUAGAAUGUGAUACAUGUUUUAGUCGUAUAUCUAAUCUCAAAAGACACAUGAGAACUCACACAGGAGAGAAGCCUUUUUCUUGUAAGGAAUGUGAUGCAAGUUUUAGUCACAGAUCUAGUCUCAAAACACACAUGAGAACUCACACAGGAGAAAAGCCUUUUCCCUGUAAGGAAUGUGAUACAACUUUUAGUUGUUUAUCCCAUCUUAAAACACACAUGAGAAUCCAUACAGGAGAAAAGCCUUUCUCUUGUAACGAAUGUGACAAAAGUUUCAGUGAUGUAUCUAAUUUAAAAAAACACAUGAGAACUCACACAGGAGAGAAACUCUUUUCUGUGUAAAUGAUUUUAUUCAAGCUCUUUGCGUAGGUAAAUAUGAUGAAAAAGUAGCACUUUUCUUUUAUCAGAAUUAAACUGGAAUUUAACACAGAACUUGCAUAGAUAGAUUGACAUUUUGUUUUAUUUUUUAUUCAUGAAAUUCAUUCUUUUAGAUGUACCUGUAAAUAGAGAAAUGUUUCGAAUCAAUAUUAUAUGUAUACACUGGCCUUGGUAACUGGUCAAUGUGUCUGGUUUGUACGUAGAGCCUGAAAACGGACUUAAAAAUCAAGGUAGCGACACAUGAAUUUACAGGCUUUUACAUACACUUUUCAUUGAAAGUGGAAUUUCAAGAUAACACAAUGACACUGUGUCCUAUAUCGAAAUAGAGCUGUAAAUGAAAAAGUCUGGAACAUGUUUUUUUGACAUUUCUCACCAAGCCUCUUCCAACUGCAGGUACAUGCGCAAGUAUCGGAUUCCAAUUGUACAGUGUGAAUUCCAUACGCUAAAAGUACGUUCAAGAAUGCCCGUUUAGCGUGUUCUUGAAUGUGCCACAAAUGCUUGGUGUGUAUGUAGCAUAAAAGUUAAAUCUUGAUGUAUUGCCAUUGUUGAUUUGAUUUUUAAAGAAAUAUAGCUAAACAACAAUCAAAAAGCAAUCUUCAGUUUUUGUUGAUUUUUAUUAGAAGAUUUUUUUUGUCAUGAUUAUUUGGUUUUAUAGUUGCUAAGUUGACCAUUGUGGUUGUAGUUUACGCUGAGAUAGUGUGUAAGUUGUUUAAGUCUGUGUGUUACCAUGACAACACUAUAAAUAUUUGUAUAAAACCUGUAAUGCUAAGACUUUUAUGAGAUCAGUCCAAAUUUUAUUUUUUUGUUUUAAACAAAAAGUGACUGCAGUGCAUACUUUGUUGAGUCAUGUGAGCGAAUAAACAUUUUGUGAAGAAAGAAAUGUGUAACAGUGUUGUAGCAAGGAGUUGGAUAAAGAACCAGACUGGUGUUUGUGUCUGGUGUUCUUGUGAUUCAUGUUUUCUAGUAGACAUUAGAACUGUUUAUUCUUUUUAGUUCUCAGUGUUCUGUUCAACUUUAUCUGUGAAGAAUAAAGUGGACGUGAACAUCA